GAGAUGGAGGGUAGCAGACGGCGCUUUUAGUUAAACGUCUUUUCUUAGGCCUUUGUGUGUGUGUGUGUGUGUGUGUGUGUGCCUGUGAUUCUCCUGCUGGAGUUUAAUGUAAUCAUGGGAUUACAGUCCUGCGCCUCUAAAGCCGGUAAUAUUUACUACACUGCAGCUCCGGUUCACGAGACCGAUAUAGUCUUAAAUUCAAGGAAUCACAGAAAUAUGAAUUAACUGGAGGUUUCUUACUCGGUACGUGUUAGAAAGAAGAUUACUGCUUCGCUUUUGCGAGGAUUGAAGGGAUUAUCUGGACUGGUGAUGCAUCUUUUUGUAGUUAAACUAAUGGAAAGAUGAACGUCGAGCGCGUGGAAACGAGGAAAACUUUAUUCCAUUGAAUCAGGAAUUCAGUCAUCCUACACAAUCUGAAGCGAUAAGGAUUCCUGGAUGUCAUUGGAUAAAACUGCAUUUCUGCAAAAUUUCAGAUUAGUAAAAUAGCACCAUUUCAUUGAGUACUCUGUGGUUAUGUCUCUCUCUGCUUUACCGGAAUGGAAGCAGCUGUUACUGGAGCGAAAGCGAAGAGAGGAGGAGGAAAGAGAGAGACAAGAGAGGGAAGAAGAGGAGCGGCUGGCCAGCAUGCCAGUUUGGAAGCGAGGGAUCAUCCAGAGAAGGAGGGCAAAGCAGGAUGAGGAAAGAGAGAGGGAGAAAGAGAGAGAUGGAGGACAGCACACUCCAGAUAUAUUGGGUUUUACUGAGGACAUCGUCACAGAGCAGGUGGAGCGUAAAUUCACACUUCACCUCCAGAAUGAUCAAACCGGGUUUAAAUUGCAAAAACAGAUAUCCAAAGAAACCAUCAGCCCCAUCCAACAGAACCCCUUCAUUCGUUCUGAGAACAGCUUUAGGAGAGAUAACAGAGGGAAGGUGGUGAUUAAAGAUGGAGAAAAUGAAUAUAAAAAGUCUUCCAAUAAUAGAAGGAGAGAAAGAAAUGAGGAAACGGAGAAUGAGAUUUGGAGAGGACGUGACGUAGAAAUGUGGGUCGAGAAGAUGGGACAUAAAAGUGAGGGAAGAGAGCGAGACAGAAGCACUGAGGGAAAAAACAGGGAGGCAGACAGUAGUGCAUCCUUGUUUUCUUCAGUCGUAGGUCUUCGCACGAUCCAGGCAAACAAUAUUAUCAUUAUUGAGAAAGACAAAAAUGGUAAGCAAAAACUGGAUAAGAGGGAAAACGAGGCCGAGGAGGAACAGAAAAGGAUGAGGAUGGAUUUGAGGGAGUUUCUAGCUGGCGGAGGAAGCGUGACGGAAAUCAGGGCCUCUGAAGUAUUAAUCAUCAAACCUCCCAUGACGGACGGGAGAAGGGAAACAGACAUGGUAGGGAUCCCAGAGAGAGGGAGCGAGCAUUUAGAGAAAGAGGGGAUAUGGUCCUCUAUGCGAAUGACGUCGAGGACAGUCAUGCAAAAAGCAGAGAGAGUCCUGAACCACAGGACUCUAGAGUGUAGUGGUCGGGUCAGUCAGCUGCUUAGUAAGUUCGGUGAACACCCAAAACCUCCAACGCGCUCCAAGAGCAUUGAGUGCUUCAACCAGCCAGGCAAAAACCAGGCCAGAUACAGCACAGGAGACCCGUUUGUGCAGGAGGACAAGAGUACUGAAGAAAUGGACACAAGUCCAACAUUCAGGGGUCUUCCCAAACGCUCCUUUAGCUUUUCUGACCGUGUGGUUUGCAAACAGGAGACUCGAGAUUGUGAGGAAAAGACAGAUUUUAAGAAGGUGGAGAGGUCGUACUCUGAACGCAGGGUCAAAACCAGGGUCACCGAUCAAUCAGGAUGUGAACCAAAGGUCACCAGGCGAUGGGGACGACCCAAACCUGAUGAAGCUAUUCAUGAAAAGAGACAAAAAGAAAGAAGGGUUGAAAAUAAGAGGAAUGACUCUGUUCAUGGAGAGACAGAGGAAUGGACGUCUAGUGUAGAUGGAGAAGGCUUCACUUUGGCCUCCAUCAAAAUCCCUGAGGAAAUUGUCUUCGCACGACAAGUUCCUAUCAAACAUGAUGGGAGAGAAAGCACCUCAGAACUUAAGAUUAAGAAAGUGAGAGAGGAGAAUGACAGAGCGAUAAUUAUAGAUAAAGCGAUACACAGAGAUAAGAGCCAAGUGGAGAGAGAGACAACAGUAAGACAGAGACCCAUAGAAUUCCAAACCAAAGCCACAACAGAAUCUGAAGAGAGAUGUAAUAUGGAUGAAAUAACCGUUGCCGUUUCAAAACAACCCCAUGGCAUAUAUAUCCCAAUCUUGGAUGACAGGAUUAUAGAUUUCCCUGCAGAAAUUCAGCACCAAUGUGUCGACACUCCCUCUGCGGACUCUAGUUGCCCAACUACAGCCUAUGCUGAACAAACGGUCCUUACCCAACACACAGAAGAUCUAGUCUGUGAAAUAGUAAAAGUCCAAUUAGACAGAGAACUCAAGAGGGCAGUAACUGAGGGAACACAUUUUACCUCAGAACUCGGACAACAAACUGUUACACUGGACCAAAGAAAACUCUGCACACAAGAGAGAGUUACCAUUCCCAGGACUGUAUUUUAUGGAGUCGAUAUAUCAGCAGAAAGAAGGAGGGCAAGUCACCCUACUGGGGAUAAACAAGAUGGAGGACAAUUGGAGAGGAGAGGGAGCUGGAAGGCUGGGCGACCUCUGACCCGAGUGGAGUCUCUGAGAGAGAGAAUUCGCCAGCAAGAGAAGGAAAACCGAGAUGAUGGCAAAGAAGAGAGCAGCAGAGAAGCAGUGGGAGCUGCGAGAGAACAGGAAGAAACCACAUUACAGACUCUCAGACUGUUUGACGUCACACAGGACGUUAACAUGACAAAGGCAAGCCCUCAGCUUCCUGUUCCUGUUUCUCUGUCACUCUUGCAGUCAGCUUCGACAGAAAGAGAAGUUGGGGAGCUCUCAAGAGAUGUAUCAGAGAGCAAUAUCUGCCCGAGGGAAGCAGAGAGGAAUGUAGAGGUGCGAGGGACGUGCAUCGCUUGGAAAACACAGGAGUUUAACAAAAGAGAAGAGGAAAGAGAGGAAGAGUCGUUAGAGGAAGAGUACCUUCCUCCCUCUCUUUCUCCCUCCCCAACUCUUUCAGACUCAUUGGACGCCAUGAGCCGGAUCUAUAACCUCAAGACUGUGGGGUCCAGGACUGUCUUUAUCAGUGAAAGGAAAGCUGAUAUGCCCUCACACAGCGGAGCUCAGGGUAUAUACAACCCCAUCAGACAAUCACCGUCAGCAGACAUCUUGCCAGAAACUGCUAAGCUGUGGAAUCAUGGAAGGGAUAGUCACAAAAACGAGAUGAUGGAGUCGACAGGUGCUCAGAUGGUACAGCGGCAGGUGGAACGAUUACAGCUGAGACAACAGGAAGCAGGAUGUGGUUUCCACAAUGACAAAAAGGCACAGCCAACCAUGGAGAACUGUCCGCUUGUAGAACCAGAAAUUAGGGUAGCUGAAGGCCAGAAGAAACCAGGCAUACUAAGAGAGACGCAGAAAUCCCAAACACCUACAAAUCCUAGAUUUCCACAAGCCCAACAGAAAGUCCAAAGUCAACCCCUUAAACCCCAGCAGGUCAGGUCAUUCACAAUCAAUGCCCGGAACACCGAAUCAGCAGAAAACUCUCAGAAACCUCCAGAACAAAACUCUCCAUCGUCAUCCUCUCCCUGCACCGCAUCCCCCUCUUCAUCUCCAUCUCCACCUCUCUUCUCCAUUAGGAGUGCCUCAGGUGGACCAGGUAAGAGAGGAACGACCAUCACAAUCACCCCUAGAAGACCUGCAGGGGCUGCCUCGUCUGGUGGCGUCUCAACAGUGACCCCUGCAGUGCCCAAAGCAGCCCCCCAGGGCCAUAUAACCACCCCUCCUCCCAACAGCAUCAAAGAGCCAGGCAAGAAACGGUAUCCUAAAGCAGAAGAGAUUGAGGUGAUUGGAGGCUACCAGAACCUUGAACGGUCAUGCUUGGUGAAAAGCAAAGGGACACCGAAAGCUGUGAAGGUGUGUUUCGACGAGGCUGAGCUGGAGAGAGUGUGUGAGUAUCCUUCAGAAGACUGUGCGCUAGCAUCACUCCCUUCCUCUCCUCACGACGAGCAGGAGGCCGAGGGACCGGAGGAAGAUGAGGACGAGGAGAGCGCAGCGCUUGUCUCUCGCAGCGGUGUGAAUGAGAGCGCAGGAAGGGCUCGGCUCCUAAAAGUGGAUGAAUCCUGUAAACGACUUCCCAAAUGACAAACCAUGGCAUCCUUUAAAUUUGAAAUCCUUUAAAUGUUUAAAUGUGCAGGUGUAAGUAAUGAAGUUUUUCUAAAAUAUGGUUUUAAAUGUGUUUUUUUUUUAGUUUUACU